AUAAACAUCACUACACGCUAUCACCAACUCCUUUGGUGACGCCGAUUGGUCAGUUGAAUUAGGGAGGUUCUCGAUUGCGUCGGUGGCAGUUACGCAUUGCAAAGAUUGCAGUGAAAAUGGUGUAGCGACUGUGUAGCGAUUGUAUGGAAACCAGGCUUUAGUGUAAACGCGCUUAGAUUGCAGCACGAGAAUUUACACAAAAUUAAGAAGCACGAACGAAUUGUUCGAAAUAUAGAACCAGGCCGGCAUCAUAUAUCUUCGGAAGUUCGUAAGUGUUGGUCAUUUCAGAAUACUGCUCGUGAUGAGAUGUUUUCUAGGAUCUACGUUGCUCCUGUUUCCCAUCUUUGAUUGUUUAUCGAUGCCUCUCAACUUGGAACCAAAAAGUAUCGCUUACCAGGAUGAAUCGCUAGUAUGCAAUUACUCGCAUCUGACUAAUGAGACUGGACUAUAUUUUACGGGACCAGACCCUCCAAAUCCUUACGUAAUAGAAUAUGGUGUUGAGGACGCAUUCUUGUCAUGUUGCGCUAUGAAUUAUCACCAAAUCGAAUGGUUCCUCGACGGUAAAAUAAUCAACGGCGCACCAUUUACAUUCAGAGAAAAUGAUCAGGUGUUGUCCAUCUCAGGAAUUAAAGAGCUAAGCGGAAACUACAAGUGUGUUGUCAGUAGUGCCAAUACCACUUUGGAACGUGUUGUGGAACUGGAAGUAGAACCAAAAUAUUCUGGAAAGCCUCUCCGUUUAUAUAAUGAAAGUUGCAUUUCGCAAAAGGCCCACAUUGGUGAUAACGUCACAUUUUACUGUGAGUUUGAGAUCUCUGACUACCAGAUUUGUUCAGACUUUGUAUGGAUGAAAAAUUAUUCAUCUACUAUCUAUCAUCUGGGAUUAGGUGAUUCACAUCCACGCUUCAGUAGAUAUACAACAUUUGUUGUACAGCAGGAAAGUUGUAACUACGGAAAGAAAAGAACCCGUGGUACACAUCUUUACAUCUAUAAUGUAUCAGAGGAAGCGUUUGGUGAAUACAUCAUAGGAAUUAUGCGAGAGCAAUUCUACUCAUAUUCUAUUUCACUGAUUCACUCUAAACACAAGAAAGACGAAACCAAUAUUAUAAAUGAUACAAAGAACAUCCCAACGUAUAUCAUCUUGAUUUCGUUUGGGAUUCUAUUGCUAAUUCUGGUAUCAAUAUUUAUAUAUUUUUGCUGGAGAAGAAUCCCAAGUCCGAUAGAAUCAGAAGAGAAGAUGAAACCGGAGGCCGAACACUGUUUGGAAACAGAUCCGAUAUUUAAGGACAUUGAAAUUUUGUUUGAGGAGCAGGUUGUAUGGGAUCAAAAGAAAUUAAUCGGGAAAGGCCGUUUUGGGAACGUGUUUCAGUGUCCGGUCUUCGAUGUCCUUAUAAGCAACGACUACAGUAACGUCGCAAUCAAAACUCCCAAAGAACACGCUUCUGCAGCUGAAAAGGACGACUUAAAGAACGAAAUAGAGAUACUUAUGCAGCUCAGAAAUCACUUUAACAUUAUCGAAUUAAUUGCAUGUCACACCAAGAAGGAUCCGAUCAUGCUGAUUACAGAGAUUUUACCAUACGGCUCCCUACAGCAGUUUUUACGAACCAGUUCAAAGAUGCAAGAGCUAGGCGAAUUCUGCGACCCAGUGUACAACAUUGACAAACCAAGUACUCUGUACGAUAUGAGUAGACAAAUUGCAAAUGGAAUGAGUUAUGUGGCUGAUAUGAAGAUAGUUCAUGGUGAUCUUGCGGCCCGCAACGUUUUAGUCGGACACGACCUUAACAUGAAAAUCGCAGAUUUCGGUUUAGCGAAAGAUGUUUACGAGACCGGUUACAUGCGACUGGACGAUGGUGAAAUACCUGUAAAAUGGUACAGCAUUGAAACGAUUUUGGGAAACAUUGUCUCAUCUAAAAGUGACAUAUGGUCUUUUGGCGUCCUUCUAUACGAGAUUUUCUCCGAUGGUCGAUCGCCGUACCCGGGUGUUAUUGUGCAUACCUUGCCAGAGAUGUUGAAAAAAGGAUAUAGGAUGUCUAGGCCUGUCGAUUGUCCUGUUAUUGCAUACAACCUUAUGAUGAAGUGCUGGGAAGAAGAUCCGUCCAGUCGUCCAUCAUUCCAUGAUCUUUACAAAAGAAUUGACUCAAUUCUUGAAGACGUUACGUCACAAGGCAGUCCAUAUAUGAGGUUUGAGAAUACGCCUGAUGGAUAUGCAAAAAUGAUCAUUGUGCCUGACAAGACGUAUUCGAGCUCAGUUUACUCUUGAAUAGAAUAGACGAAAGUCGAUCUUCAAGUGCAAGUGUAAAUCCUAUCUUACGAAAAAAGUUGUUUUCACGACAGUCACUUGAUGAAAAUAACUGCACUGGUGUUAUGAAAUCUGCAGAAUAAAACUUAGAUUUUAAGUACCAAUGUAGUACAAUAGAUCAUUCAUCUUUUCUGCUGCUCGUCUUUGGAAUGAUCUUCCACAAGCUAUUAAAGACACGGAGUCAAUUGACAUUUAAAAAAAUGUCUAAAGCAUCAUCUUUUUACGACUUACUUUGCUCCUCUUGUUCAAACUUGAAAACUGAUUGAAUCCGCAAAAUUCACUCUACUUUUUUAUUGUUGGUAGGAUAGGAUAGUCAGAUGCCACUUUCACUCGAGCUCCUGUAAGUUCUGUUCCAGCGAGCUCUCAAUUAUGGGAGCUUCAAAGUGCUGGAGAACGGAGCGGUGAAAAGGGUUCCUCGGCCUUUAUUUUCUUUUUUGGUUACUGUUAGAAUAUUUUAUGGAGUCAUUCCUUUUUUUUCAUGUUCUUUUAUGUGGAAAGCGCUUAGAAGCAUUGUUUUGCAUUAUGCGCUCUAUAAGACUAACAUUAUUAUUAUUAUUAUUAUUAUUAUUAUUAUUAUUAUUAUUAUUAUUAUUAUUAUUAUUAUGGAUUCAUUCCUUUUUUUUCAUGUUCUUUUAUGUGGAAAGCGCUUAGAAGCAUUGUUUUGCAUUAUGCGCUCUAUAAAACUAACAUUAUUAUUAUUAUUAUUAUUAUUAUUAUUAUUAUUAUUAUUAUUAUUAUUAUUAUUAUUAUUAUUAUUAUUAAUAAUG